AUGUCCACACGAAGGCUAACUGUGAAUAACGGCCAGCAACAGGCCGACAAGCGACUGGGUCACCGCAGAUGUACUUCUACCUCCCCACCCAGCCGUCUCUCUGAAGACCGGAUACCAACUAACAAUGAACCGACGAAAGACAUGUCAUUCGAUCUAGGCAUCGUCCCCGAAGAACCCCACAAUCCCAUCGCGCAGGCCGAGAACGCGCUGCGCCAGACCAUCACAUCCCUCUUCAACGAAACCGUCGCGUCCCAGGAUGAAUUUCUGAAGCGCGACUCCCUCACCGGCUCUGAGCACGCAGACGAGCUGCACAAGCAUCUGGACGAGCUCCGCGACGUGCGAAAAGUGUUGCAGUUGUACUAUGAACACUGGGAGCGCAUUGCAGAAUCCUGUGCCCAGCGCCGGAAGAGCGGCCAAGAAGAGACUAAGGAGGAUGUGGAAGAGGGUGAGAGGGUGCUGAAUGAGCUGUAUCGCGCUUUUGAGCGGCACCAAAAGACGCUGCGAAGGGCUUGGAAGGCGGAUGUGGAGAUUAGGGGCGUGGGGCUGGAGCAUGUGAGGAAGGCGUUGGAGGAGCUGCGGGUGGAUUUUGCACGGCUGAAACUGGAAGAGUUGGAGCUAGGGUUGAGGGAUGUGGAGAAGAGAAGGCGGGAGCUGGAGGUGAGGGGGGGGGAACUCGACGAGUGGAUGAAGCUAGGGUAG